GUCCAGGUCACCAUUCGCCCUCGUUCCCAGACGCUGGCCUCCGGCGAGCGAGGAUCCCAGGGUCUGCGGAGCUGCUGGACGUGCGGCCGGACUGGAACCAACGGGCGCAAGACCGUGCGGGCUAGGGCUCACUUGGGCCAGUCGGAGGCUCGAGCGGGGACCCCCGAACGCGAGCCCUGGAACCCGCGCGCUGGGCCAGAGGGGCCGCACGGAGUGGCGGCGGAGCCUGAUCGAGGCGCGCGGCCCGGUGAGGUCCCCUGGAGGCAGAUUUGGGCCCCAGAGGGACCUUCGCCUGAAGUGAGUUUGUCCCGUAGGCCCAGAGCCGACUCCUCGGGAAUUGGGGAGGAUUGGGGAGGUGGAGAGGCGGUGAUUCUGCAGCAGCAACGAGCGGGGAGAGCUGCGGCUUCCCGGGAGCCUUGGUGCAGAGGCGACUAGUUCUGGGAAGGUCUGCCUCCACUUCCACAGUCCUUCACAUUUUUCCAAGAGCAUCAAAAAAUGAAUAAAUCCCUGGGGCCAGUGUCAUUCAAGGAUGUGGCUGUGGACUUCACCCAGGAGGAAUGGCAGCAGCUGGAUCCUGAGCAGAGGACAAUAUAUAGGGAUGUGAUGCUGGAGAACUACAACCAUCUAGUUUCCGUGGGGUGUCACAUUAUCAAACCGGAAGUUAUCAUCAAGCUGGAGCAAGGAGAAGAGCCAUGGAUAGUAGAAGGAAAAUUCCUACUUCAGAAUUAUCCAGAAGUCUGGAAAGUUGAUGCUCUGAUAGAAAGAGUUCAGGAAAAUGAAGACAAACAUUCAAGGCAGACUGUAUUUAUCAACAACAAAACCCUGACUGAAGAGAGAGGUAAUGUUCUUGGUAAAACUUUGAAUGUGGAAACAAAUCCUGUUCCUUCAAAACAUAUAUUCUAUAAAUGUGACUCGUGUGGAAAGAGUUUAAAAUCUAUUUCAGAAUUUAUUAGUAGCGAUGGAAGCUAUGCAAGAAUGAAACCUGAUGAAUGUAGUGCAUGUGGGAAAUCACUUCGUCAUAUUAAGCUUGAGACAACUAAUUCAGGAGAUAAAUCUUAUGAAUUUAAUCAAAGUGGGGAAACUUAUACUCUAAAUGAAGAAAAUAUUUAUCAGAACAUUCAUAUUUUGGAGAAACCCUUUGAAUAUCUUGAAUGCCAGAAAGCCUUUCAAAAGGAUACAGGUUUUGUUAAUCAUGUGGAGGAGAAACCCUAUAAGUGGAAUGGUUCUGAAAUAGCCUUUCUCCAGAUGUCAAACCUCAGUGUGCACCAAACGGCUCAUAUGGAAAUGAAGCCCUAUGAAUGCACCGCAUGUGGGAAAUCCUUCUGUAAAAAGUCAAAAUUUAUUAUACACCAGAGGACUCAUACAGGAGAAAAACCUUACGAAUGUAAUCAAUGUGGGAAAUCCUUCUGCCAGAAAGGAACCCUUACUGUGCAUCAGAGAACACACACAGGGGAGAAGCCCUAUGAAUGUAAUGAAUGUGGAAAAACCUUCUACCAGAAGUUACACCUCAUUCAACAUCAGAGAACUCACUCAGGAGAGAAGCCCUAUGAAUGUAGUUACUGUGGAAAAUCCUUUUGUCAGAAGACACACCUCACACAACACCAGAGAACACAUUCAGGAGAGAGACCCUAUGUUUGUCAUGACUGCGGAAAAACUUUCUCCCAGAAAUCAGCACUUAAUGACCAUCAAAAGAUUCACACAGGCGUGAAACUCUAUAAAUGUAAUGAGUGUGGGAAAUGCUUCUGCCGUAAGUCUACUCUCACUACACAUCAGAGGACACAUACAGGAGAGAAACCCUAUGAAUGUAAUGAAUGUGGAAAAUUUUUCUCUCGGUUAUCAUAUCUCACUGUACACUAUAGAACUCAUUCAGGGGAGAAGCCCUAUGAAUGUAAUGAGUGUGGGAAAACCUUCUACCUGAAUUCAGCCCUAAUGAGACAUCAGAGAGUACACACAGGAGAGAAACCUUAUGAAUGUAACGAGUGUGGAAAAUUAUUCUCUCAGUUGUCAUACCUCACUAUCCAUCAUAGAACUCAUUCAGGAGUAAAACCCUAUGAAUGUAAUGAAUGUGGAAAAACAUUCUACCAGAACUCAGCUCUUUGUAGACAUCGGAGAAUACAUAAAGGAGAGAAACCCUAUGAAUGUUAUAUAUGUGGAAAAUUCUUCUCUCAGAUGUCAUACCUCACUAUACAUCAUAGAAUUCAUUCAGGAGAGAAACCCUAUGAAUGUAAUGAAUGUGGAAAGACCUUUUGCCAGAAUUCAGCCCUUAAUAGACAUCAGAGAACACACACAGGAGAGAAAGCCUAUGAAUGUUAUGAGUGUGGAAAGUUCUUCUCUCAGAUGUCGUAUCUCACUAUACAUCAUCGAAUUCAUUCGGGAGAGAAACCUUUCGAAUGUAAUGAAUGUGGUAAAGCCUUCUCUCGAAUGUCAUACCUCACUGUACAUUAUAGAACUCAUUCAGGAGAGAAACCCUAUGAAUGUAAUGAAUGUGGGAAAAAAUUCUACCACAAAUCAGCCUUCAAUAGCCAUCAGAGAAUUCAUAGGAGAGGAAAUAUGAAUGUACAUGACGUAGAAAGACUUCUCUAAAAUCAGACCUUGUAAAGAAUAAGAAAUCCUCCCUGAAGUCAAACCCCAUCAUACAUAAGAGUUCCCCCAGGUGAAUGUGGACAAACGAUUGUGCAUUAAUCAUAUGUAAUCUAAAAGUUCACAGGGUAGCAACCACAAUUGUAACACAACCAUGUGACUCUGGAUACUGGGCUAUACAGGAGUAAACAUUUACUUACAUUUAGAAUAUAUGUGUGUUUCAGCAUGGAUUCAAACUGUUUUAUAUAUCAGGGAAUUCAUAUUAAGGGGCAAAUCUCUCAAGGAAUGUGGAAAAUAAGAUACUCCUUUGGACAUUAUUAAUACUAAAAUGUAUUUGAUGUGUCAAAACUUUUUGUAGGAAAAAAACAAGAUCUCUGUUGCAAAUAAACAUACUCCUUGUUUAAAUGGAAGCAGGACAACUAGUUAAUACAGCAACAUUAAAUUCAUUUAUGAGUGGUUCCUGAGAUUGUAGGACUUAUGUAUGGGGGGAGGGGUGGCUUGCUUUUUUUAGGAUGAUGCAUUACAGGAUUUGGAUAUUCAUUCUGAAUAGUAUCUGAAAAGGUGUCCUUAUUAGAAUAAUUUGUUAGACAUAGUAAGAUUAUUCAUUCUAAAUAGCAACACCAUGUUUGUUUCUUAAUAUACAUUGUCAUUGAAUUAAUGUUUGGUAGGUAUAAAAUACUUUGUAUUUUCUUACCUGGCAUUUAUAAAUGUAUUUGAUCAUUGUUAGUGAACUAAAUCUUCCAUUAAAAAGCCAGUGUUUUUUAAAUAGUGUUUUCAAUUGUAUCUGAAUCAACAGGAGGUAGAAAUCUUCACAUAAAGUAGAAAAAUUUGCAUGGAAAUUUUUGAAUUGGUAAUGAUAGAAGUUUCUAGUUGUGAGAAACAGCUAUAAUACUCAUUAUACUUUAUACAGUUAAAAGCAUACUUAAAAUACUUCCACUUUUGUCUUCUGUUAUUAUUUGUCCAUUUAAGUAUACUGAGCACACAUACUAUGUAACAAGAACUAUCUGUAUUUUUAUUUGCUAUGUUUUUAAGCAUAGUGCUCCACUCCUUUCUAUUCCUGAAUGGAAUAAGAAUACAUUCACAUGGGUUUGUGGCAAAUGCUCAGUGACCACCCUACUGUUUUCUGGCAGUUUGGGUGUCUUCCUACUCACAGGAUGGGGUAAAUCCUGAUUGGUUUCAGCCAUUAAUGAAAAUCCCUUUCUCACUGCCAGCAAUUUGUUAAGAGUUACUACAGUACCCAAUUUUAGACAUUUAGACAAAUACAGGGGAUACUUGAUGGUUUAUAUUCUGGAUAAGGUGUCCUUAAAGAUUCAAGCAGUGAUGCAGUGAAGUGAAAUCUUUGUUUUACAUUUCCUUGUCUGUAUGUGAUCUGCCUGGUUAUGCUUUUCAACAAUGAAUUAUAAUCUAAGUGUGACAGAGAUGAAAGAUAGGAAGAACCUGGGACCUGGAUGAUGUCAUUGAAUCACUGAGCCAACCAACCCUAGUCACUCCAGCUCUGGACUGUUUAAUGUAUGCGUAAAUUUAUUUUAACCCAGCAGAUUAGGACUCUCUGUAAGUAAUAACUGAAGAUAGAAAGUUAUAAUUUUAUAGAAUGAAACAAUUCAGGAGUGGACUCCAGGUAAAUCAUUUAUUUUGUGGUGUUUAUAUAGAGGUUUUUUAUUGCCUAUAAAUUUUUAUGUAAGUAAUUUGAGCAUUAGAUAAUCAGGUUGAAAUAAAAAUAUAUGUUUCCUUAGAUUGUUACAUCAUAGGCCUAAGAAAUUAGCCUUUGGAACCUAACAAUUGUCAGGUUUACCUGCCUUUUUAUAAUGCAUGACAUAAAUUCUUAGGUUAAUUUAUAUUAUUCAUGGAUCACUGCUAUGUUAGAUGACAAUGUAUGAUGUAAAUAUCUACUUUUGUUUGCUUUCCAGUGAUUAGCCUCAUGGCUUAUAUUAGUUGAGUACUUUACCACUGAGAUGAAAUGCUGUAUAUGUAUUAAAACCAUUUGUGGUUCCUGUUUUUGUUACUAAGCACUUUGCUCCCACAUUCUCUAAAAUGAUUGUGAGUAUGCUAUGUAACAAAUUAAAGUCUGGUAGAGUGUAUACUUUUGUGUAGGAAGUAUAAAUUCAUAGUAUGUAUGUCAAACUAUUUCCAAAGGUUUCCCAUACUAGUCUGUCAUUAUAGAUUAAAUAUACAGUAUGCAUUUUGAAGUAAAUUAUUUGAAAAGUUUGAAUGGUUUUAACACAUUCUUUUUCUCUUAUGGAUUGCCUGCAUAUGAAAAGCUUAUUAAAAAAAGUAAAAUAAGAGCAUAGAACAUCUAUUUGUACUAGCAAACAAGGAAGUGCUCAAGAACCAAUAGGGAGUGACUUCACCAAAAAUGGCAAGGGCUUGUCCCUCCAACACUAACAACUAAUGGCUGGCAAAAGUUGACAUCAACUUGCAGAACUCUAGAAUCUAGUCCAAACCUUAUAAUAGACAUGGAGUGGUUUGGUAAAGGAAGGCAGCACCCUUGCAUUAAAAAAAGAGUUAUUGCUUUAAGUGUGCACCUGCCAUGGAUGAUAGCUUGUGCUCUGUGUACAGUUUGUCACUGGGAAUGGUAGAGUUUAUUCUUAAAGAAUUGUAGGUGUGGGUUCUACCUGUUGGGCACUAUCUGUAAAAUUGUUACAAAGGCUUCCCUUUGAUUCUUCAGUUCAACAGACAGAGGCCUGGGUGGCUUUUGCCAAAAGCAUUCAAAAAACAAGUAUUGACUGUAGCAGUCUGGGGCAAGGAAUGACAAGGUGAGGAUCCUGGAGAAGAAAGCACAUGAAAUAGAGAUAUGUGGAGGAAUAAGGAGUUUUUAAGUUUCCAUAUUUAUCAAAGUGAGGCACAGGCUCAGAAAUGACUUGAGAAGUCCCAGUACUGUGACUUUGGGCUAUUAUUCAGGCUCCACGUAAGCGCACAGUGAAAGCUAAGGGAGAAUUGGAAUGAGUUUUGUGAAGCAAUGAAGGCGUGACCAACAGCCAGUAUGUGAGCGAAAGUUAGUAUUUUUCUUCCACCCCCUCACCCCAUCUUUCUUUUUUGGCACCAGUGAUUUCAUAGAUAACUGGCGAAACACAGAACACAUUACCUCUAAGCUAGUGGGACAAAUUAUUCAGCAUCCACACACGACAAAAGAAUAGACUUAAAAAAACAGUUUAGAAGAUCAGUAAGAAAUCAAAGAACCCCAAAACAAAAACCUUAGGACAGGAAACAGAAUCUAAUUUCGAGUUGCCCCAAUGUAUCUUAAAUGUCCAGUUGCAAGCAAGAAUUACUGACAUAAUCAAAAUUAUGACCCGCUCACACUCUCCAACAGAACCGGUAGAAUUGUGUCGCUUUCCAGGUGAGGUGGCCCAGAAGCUCAUGUGUCCUUGUCCUUGAUGCUGUUAAUGAGCAAACUGACCUUAGAGGCCUCAUUGUGAGAAAACUGAGCAACCAUGGAUAGAAAAACUGAGGCCCCUGGAAACCACUCUGAGAAAGAGUGCCAGUUCUGGAUUUUGUGAUUGAAAGGGAACUUCUAUUAUGCGUGUUAUGUUUGCAGUUGGGCUAUCAGACCUACCAUGGAGAAGGCAUCAAACAAACACCUCCAACUUCUACACAGAAGUCCCCCCACCCAUCACACUGGGACACUGGAAGCCCUCAGGUAAAUGGUGAACAGGAAUUUGGCCUCCACCACCACCCCUGCCAUUCAGGAUGAGGCUGGUAAGAAAAGUCAGAAAGGAGACAAUAGCAGGGGAGAAAAUGUAGCCAUGAGGCCCUGGGAAUGGCCACCAUGGCAGUGAUGCUGCUUUGGGCACAGCACUGUGGGGAGGAGAAGAGAAGUCACAGACUGAGCCCGACUCUGGUAACCAGGAAGUGGCCCCAGUCAGCUGGAUUAAGAGUGAUCUACUCAAUGGGCCUUCCUAGUGGCGCAUGCGGUUGAGCAUAGCGCUGUGAAGCUGUCCACAACCUCUGCAGUGUGGGUUCGGUCCCCACUGGCUGCGGAGCAACCCACAUGGUGGGGAAGACCUCUCUUGUCUCAUCCGCUGCUCCCCUCAGUGGUGUAUUUCAUCAUUCUGCCUGUUCUGUGCCCCACUCUGUCUCUGGUGGAUCCUCUCACCCUCCCGUGCAUCUGGCCUGUACCCCGG